AUGCCUUCCGAGAAACCUUCCUCUCCAAGAGUUGAUCAGAGCAUGUUUGAGAACUCCACCGCGCAGCAGCAGAGUCCACAGAUCUCCAGGCCCGGCCAGCCCUCGGCCCGACGCACCCCAGCAUCGUCUAACCCCAACCUGGGCUCCAGCACCGCAGAGUCCCCGUCCUCCGGAGGCCAGCAGAGGCUGAAGAACGCCAUCAACCUGGGGAAGGCUGUCGGGGCAAAGGUGAACGACUUGUUGAGGAGGAAGGAGUCCAGCCACCUCGGAGAUAUCGGGGUAACUGAGGUCAACAAAAACGUUGGUGCCGUGUGGGGCCGCAUGGACCAACUCAACACAACUACUGCUAACAGUCUCAUUUCCUCCUCCUUCGACUCCUUCCCUCGCCUGGACCCACCACCGCCGUCGGGGAAGAAGCGCCUCCCCCGAGCGCUGAAGACCACCCAGGACAUGAUGAUCUCCUCUGACCCCGUGGUGUCCUCUCCAGACGCUGGAGACUCCUCUUCAUUCCUCUCGUCCCCCGGUAAGACGCCGCUCCUCGCCCGGGAGGAGCCGGGGCUCGGCGAGGAGGAGAAGGAGGGAGACGGGUCCACGGGCGUCUCCUCGCCCCCGGCCGCUGCAGAGAAGAAAGUGUUGUCUCGUUCAGCGUCGACAGGGAGCAGCAGCAAGGUGGAUGGAGUGACGGGUGGAGGAGGAGAGGAAGAAGAAGGACGGAGAGCCGACGGAGAGGUGGAGGAACGUCGGCCUCAGCUGCAGCUCUCUGUCCCGGACCUCAUCCACAAGGACCCCCCCCCGCCCUGCGACGUCUGGCAGAAGGCGUCAGGGCCGGACGUCCGGCUCGCCUCCACCCCCCGCUCGGGGAAAACCGCCUGCCGCAUCAGCCUGGGCGAGGAGGCCCUGCUGGGGAACGGCGCCCCCUGUGGGAAAGGCGCUGAAGACGCGGAGCCGCAUCCAGACCUGCUGUCGUUCGAGUGACGAGACGCAGAUCAGACACGUUUCAGUGUGAAGCAUGAAUUCAAACUGGAUCUAAUUCUCACGACCACUCUUCACAUGUGUCCGGCUUCGCUUCGGGAAAAGAGAUCACGUUCUUACAGGAUCCAGGACAACGGGUCGGAUCUGAUGCUUUUCAACUUUAUAGCAGUUUUUUUAUACGAGCGGAUGAGUUCUGAGGUCGUGGUGAUAAAAUCAGAAUCUGUAGACGUCAGGUCAGAGAAACACUACGAGCGUCUUUUUAACGAAAUGAAAACAAGGCUGAGACUGUAAGAGUGGACGAGGGAUAACAAGAGAAAUACUACUAGAGUUUAACUUUAGUAGUAUUCAGUAUUUAGGAGAAUCAAACUUUGGUCGCCCUAAUCCUUCCUCAUACGUUUAAUUCAGUGAAGGCUCAGAUUUAAACUAAGGAAAAGAUCAAAGCUGUAGAAUAUAAAAAUUUCCUCUGUGAUUUUAUCAAGUUUCAUCUCUUACAACAUGUUAAUGUCACGUCUGCUUUAAAACAAGCAGAUGAUAUAAUGAUGAAUGUAAUUAGUGUCAUGAAAUGUCCCUUCUA